AUGGAAUUCAUUGAGCGACCCUAUGUCCUAUAUACGCACAAGCUAUAUGCAGAUGGUUUAGGCUCCAAUUAUGGAAUAGUUUUGACCAGCUGGAUCCGGGGCGCAUUCUCGCGUCCCCACAUCAAUUUGUUUCCGAAUAAGUUCCAGAAUGGCUUUGCCGGACAUCGUUUCCAGGUAUCGGCUGCCGAUCAGCCGCCGUUUAUCUUUCGCAUCCGGUCGCUGGACUCGUCGGGGAUGGGCCAGUUGCGCUGGGACGGCGUCGAGAUGCGCCUGAUGAACAUGAUUGCCCAGCGUUUGAACUUCAGCUUGGACAUUACUGAGACGCCCAAUGUUGCCAACUCUCGCAGCGCCGUGGACAGCAUUCAGAUGCAGAUUUCGCAGGGCAGCGUCGACAUAGGCAUGUCCGGCAUUUACUUGACGGAGUCACGAAUGCUGGAGACGGACAUGUCUGUGGGUCACUCGCGUGACUGUGCGGCAUUCAUAACGCUAGCAUCGAAGGCCCUGCCCAAAUACCGGGCCAUAAUGGGGCCCUUUCAGUGGCCAGUCUGGGCGGCACUGGUCUCCGUGUAUCUGGGUGGCAUAUUCCCCAUUGUCUUCACGGACCGACUGACUCUGAGCCAUCUAAUGGGCAAUUGGGGUGAAAUCGAGAACAUGUUCUGGUACGUCUUCGGUAUGUUCACCAACGCGUUCACAUUUACGGGCAAAUACGCCUGGGGCAAUACGGAGAAGACAUCCACUCGCCUUCUAAUCGGCUCCUACUGGCUGUUCACCAUUAUCAUAACAUCUUGCUACACAGGCUCUAUUAUUGCGUUCGUCACACUGCCCGCCUUUCCGGAUACCGUCGACUCUGUAAUGGACCUGCUUGGUCUCUUCUUUCGCGUUUGCACGCUGGACAACGGUGGCUGGGAGACUUGGUUCCAGAACUCCACACAUGAAGCCACGUCCAAGCUGUACAAGAAAAUGGAGUUUGUUAGCACCCUGGAGGAGGGCAUUGGCAAUGUUACUCAGAGCUUCUUCUGGAAUUACGCGUUUCUCGGCUCAAAGGCGCGGCUUGAAUAUCUCGUUCAAUCUAACUAUUCUAAUGAUAACCUCUCGCGACGUUCGGCAUUGCAUCUGAGUGAAGAAUGCUUUGCACUCUUUCAAAUUGGAUUCCUCUUUCCACGGAACUCGGUGUACAAGCGGAAGAUUGACUCGAUGAUAAUGAUGGCACAGGAGAGUGGACUAAUGAUCAAGCUGGGUCAUGAGGUCAGCUGGGCUAUGCAGAGGUCUGCCACGGGUCGCCUCUUACAGGCGAGCACCACCUCAUCGCUGCGAGAAAUCAUACAGGAGGAGCGUCAGUUGACCACCGCUGACACGGAGGGCAUGUUUCUGCUGAUGGGCAUUGGCUACUUAAUGGGCGCGAUCGCACUCGUCUCCGAGAUCGUUGGCGGCAUCACCAAUAAGUGUCGGCAAAUCAUAAAGCGCUCACGCAAAUCCGCCUCCAGCACUUGGUCAUCACAGCACAGCUCAGCCGUGGUUCGCACCAUAGCCGAGCAGCAGGCACACGAUGUGCGUAAAGCGGCGCGUCGGCAUGCUGCCGAGGAUGCCAAUCAACGGAUGGGAUUCGGAAUGCGAGAGUUCAAUCUGACACGAACAACGCUACGCGAACUAUAUAAUGCCAACAGGUCGGAGACCCAGCCACUGCAGUUGUCCGAUUCACACCCAUUGGAUGCAGCUCCUCUUUCGUCGAUUACCAUCCAAGAGGUGCCCAGUGAAGUCUAUGAGACCUUGGACGGUCUCGAUCAGUUCAUAGCCCAACUGGAGUUGGCCGAUGGGCAGGAAGACACCGAACUCAGCGAAAACGAUAUUUCCAAUGGAGGACUCUACAUCGAACAAGAUCAUCACAUCGAUUAGAGCUCGCAAACGUCCUAUGACCUCAUACAGAAAAAGCGCUAGAGGAUAUUAAAGCUCUAACUGCAUCCCCAGUCUCAUACCACUCUGUGUUUUAAAGUAAAAGCUCAAAUAAAGAAAUGUUGAAACGACUUAUGCAUUUAUUUAUUGGCAUUGAGUGUCUCCGGUUCUCCUUUCAAGCAGCCUAUUUAAUUCUCCCCUACAUUAGUCAACAUUUUGUUUUUUUUUUCGUGAGAUUUACUUUCCCAUAUAUAUAUUUUCGAUCAGUGUGCUUGCUUAUGCCCUAGGAAUAUGUUCGCGUUGCUGCGCAUUCGAUUCAUCAAACGAAGCUUUCUAAAGUCCAUUAAAGCGUCUCUCAACUAUGACUAGGAGAGAGACGCAGAAGCAUUGGAGAAUAUCAAUGCUCAAAUGAGAUUUAUCAUAUAAAAAA